AUGGAACAAAACAACAAUGACGGGCCAGUGGCCACAUGCAAUACAUCGGAUGUUGUGUCAUCGGAAGCCUCCAACGUCAUCACUUUAAACCAGCCAGAUGAUACUGCAGGUGGAUCCAAUGAGGAGUUGAUCAAUGUCUACGAGGAGCCGGACACCACAACCAUAACAAAGCUGGAUGCCCGCAAGAGCCAGACAGAAAAGAAAUACAACCUUGACAUCCACUGCGACAAGGACCUUGAGCGCCUUAGCAUCAGCCUCCACGAAGAAGUCGACGACGACCAACGCAUUAUCGCUGAGGCCGCUACUAGAGAACAGGACAAGACCCAUGCACGCUACAAACUUCAUUUCUUCAAAAAAGUUGGGAGCCUCUUUAUCCCGAUAGAAUGCUGGACGAAGAUCAUCCCCGAGGAUGAUCCUGGAUAUCUCUGUGAUAUGUGCCGGCACCUGGACUUCAAGGUGCUGUUCACCAAACGUGGGAUUCCUGGUAAUAACACUCCCUACCUGCCCGCCCAGCUGGAAAUUGACGGUAUGUGGAGGAUAAUGCAAGACGACAACAACUGUGCUGUGUGCGGACUGCUGCGUCGAAAGAUCAACGAGAGCGGAAGCUUAUCACAGAUAUCAGAUGGUGAUAUCGCAGGUGGCCGCUUCAACAUAAACGUGCUAGACAAUGGCCCGGAGUAUGCUCUCAGUUUGGAGAUUGAUAUUCGAGUCAGUUCAAAGACGGUUGCGAGAUUUGUAUUGCAGAGACUUGAAGAACAACCGGAGCAGCCCCUAGCGGGAAGAUUUGUGCAGCAGGAUCGAGCUGACAUGGAUGGCUUGAGGCAAUGGCUCCACAUCUGCGAAAGCAAUCAUCCGUCUUCUGGGAAAGGACUCGAGCUCGAUAUGGCCUCAUUUCGGGUCAUUGAUACCAAGGAACUCUGCAUCGUCGAAGUGGAAACGCCAUGUCGGUACGCCUGCUUGUCUUACGUGUGGGGGGAAGGCAGUCAGACGCAAUACAAUACCACCACGAAAGACAGCCUAGAGGCAGCAAACAGGCUUCAGGUAGUUGAACUACCUCAGACGAUGAGGGACGCAAUCAAGGUCACCCAGGAAGUGGGCUUGCGGUACCUGUGGGUUGAUGCUUUGUGCAUCCUCCAAGACGACUCCGAGGAUAAGGCAAGACUCAUCCCGAAGAUGGGUCCAAUAUACGGCAACGCUACGUUAACCAUCAUCGCCUCGGCAAAUACCAAUCCGCAAGAUGGCCUUCCCGGAAUGGGCAAUGUGCAUCGCCAUGUCGCACAGGAUACAAUAAGGAUCCAAGGCAUCACUGUGGCCGUGGCGCUCCACGACCCGCGUCAACCGAUCCACGACAUCGAUGACUCGGUGUGGAACUCACGGGCGUGGGCGUUCCAGGAGCAGGCGCUCUCAGAGAGGCGUAUCUACUUUACCCAUUCGCAACUGAUAUUCAAAUGCGCCCACAGUGACGUGAUGCUUGAAGAGGCCGUCCCGGUUCCCGAGAUGGCGUUUCGGCACCCUUUUAUCGACGACCAUGCAAGCGCAGAUGUGAUGCACUUGGUAUGGACAGAUCCAUCACUGAGCCAAUUUACUCGCAAAGGCAUCUUCAUCCGGCACAAGGAGGCAGUAAUCCUGAGUUCCGAGGAAUCGGACACGGAGAAGAGCAUGAGCCAGGAGGAGAAGGACAAGGCAACACCUAUGUUCAAACAUGCGGUAGAUGCACCACGCGACUUUUUGAGCUCGCUAGGUGAUACUGACGAUACGCCUUGGGACUCGUACCGCCGUGCAGUCGAGGACUAUGCGAAGCGCAAUCUUACCUGGGAGGUCGACGUCCUGGACGCCUUUGCUGGUGUGGAACAUAUUGUCCGCCGUGGCAUCAAUACCAAGUUCUGGUUCGGAAUUCCGUCGUUUGCUUUUGAACAAGCAUUGCUUUGGCAGGCUAGAGAGCCCCUGAAACGAAGAUCCAGGCCCCGUUUGCCAAGUUGGUCAUGGGCUGCUUGGCGAGGUCAGGUAUCCUAUCAGGGGAGAGGUUGGAAAAACUGUGUGGUGUAUGACCCCAUGCCCGUAGCACGUUGGUAUGUCCUGGUGAGCCCGCAGACGCUCAUUGAAAACUUCAAAGCCGAAGAGGAGAGGACGGAGGAGGAGGUACGAGCUUACACAGAGAGAGUGACCAGCUGUCAGCACCUACAUGAGCUCAAUUUCCACGCCCUGCGACACCUGGGCAACGAGGGCAAAGAUGGCUGGGUUGUCGAGCACAACGAAGUGUACAACCGGCACAUUUACUCUCAUGAUGCCUAUCCUGGGGUCAAAUUCACCUACCCUGUCGACCUCCCGGGUGAGACCAUCCGCGACCGCCCAGAGGCAGGGCCGAACGGCAUUAUCUUUUUCAAAGCCCAUGUGGUUCCGGUUGUCCCAUACGACAUGGAGGAACACAGUUUCAAGAUGAAGGUCGAAGACCGAUUCCUACAGAUCGGGUUCAACGACGAAUCCCGCUCAUCUGACUCCCGCCCCGCGUGGCAACGGAUCGUCUACCACCAGGGAUACCGCGCCGGGUUCAUCACGCUAAACAACAAAGACUACGUCGACUUUUGUGAAGCUGACUUCUGUGAAUUUCGCCUGGCUGCCAUCUCGCGCGGGAGCCUGCCCCGCCUGCUUCCGUCAAUAAAGGGAAAGGACUGGUACUGGUGUAAUGAGCCGCGCGAGAUGCAAUCCGAACUGCUUCGCGAGGAGUGGACCUCCAACCGCAGCUUUGUCAGAGCGCCUGACGAGGACGUGGAGCCGUCUACGCGCCCCCAGAGAGAGAACGGCGAUCCGCACUGGGACACGGGUCGGCUCGGGGGGGUUGGCAUUUGUGACGUCUAUGAUGUGUUGCUUCUGAUGACGAUGGAUGGAAUUUCCUGGAGGUUGGGGGUGGGUAAGGUUAAUACCCACGCUUUCUUGGCGGCGCAGCCCGAGGAGAUGCUUGUUAAGCUUGCUUAG